CUCAACCAUCCACAAGUCUCAGCUCUUCUUGGGGAGGAGGAUGAGGAAGCAUUUCAUUACUUGUCGAGGGUUGAGGUCACUGAGUUCGAGGAUAUCAAGUCUGGCCAUAGAAUAGAUUUUUAUUUUGAUGAAAAUUCAUAUUUUGAGAACAAAGCUCUCUCCAAAGAGUUUACUGUAAAUGAGAAGGGAGACCCUGUUUCCAAGUCAACUGAAAUCAAAUGGAAAGCUGGAAAGGACCUGACAAAGCGUACUGGUCAGACGCCGAACACAGCUGGGAAGAAGAGGCAGCAUGAGGAGCCAGAGAGCUUCUUCUCCUGGUUUACUGACCACUCAGAUGCAGGAGCUGACGAGUUGGGAGAAGUGAUCAAAGAUGAUAUCUGGCCUAACCCUCUGCAGUACUACCUAGUCCCUGACAUGGAGGAUGAGGAAGGUGAUGACGACGAUGAUUAA